GGCGGCGGUCUGUUCUCCGCUGAGGAGGAGCGGGGCAGAGGAGGGAGGCAGCGGGUGAGAGUUCAGAGUUCAGCAGCAGCAGCCCGAGCCCAUGAUUCCCAUAUGCCCUGUAGUUUCUUUCACCUAUGUGCCCAGCCGGCUGGGGGAAGAUGCCAAAAUGGCGACCGGCAACUACUUUGGAUUCACCCACAGCGGGGCGGCGGCGGCGGCGGCUGCGGCCCAGUAUAGUUCUGUUCUCUGGAGCAGCAUGGACCAGCAGCCAGCUUCGGGUGUAGCCUACUCUCAUCCAACUACGGUUGCUAGCUACACUGUCCAUCAGGCUCCAGUAGCUGCUCACACAGUUACUGCUGCCUAUGCACCAGCAGCCGCCACAGUUGCAGUUGCCAGGCCUGCUCCAGUAGCUGUUGCAGCUGCUGCAACAGCUGCUGCAUAUGGAGGGUACCCCACUGCACACACAGCAACCGACUAUGGUUAUACGCAGAGGCAACAAGAAGCACCUCCACCACCACCCCCAGCUACUACACAAAACUACCAGGACUCGUACUCAUAUGUAAGAUCCACAGCUCCUGCUGUAGCUUAUGAUAGUAAGCAGUACUACCAACAACCAACAGCAACUGCAGCUGCUGUAGCUGCUGCUGCCCAGCCUCAGCCUUCUGUUGCUGAGACCUACUAUCAGACAGCCCCUAAAGCAGGUUAUAGCCAAGGUGCAACUCAGUAUACACAAGCCCAGCAAACUCGACAAGUGACAGCCAUAAAACCAGCCACACCAAGUCCAGCUACCACUACUUUCUCCAUUUAUCCUGUAUCCUCCACCGUACAGCCAGUAGCAGCUGCAGCUACUGUGGUGCCGUCCUAUACCCAGAGUGCUACUUAUAGUACCACGGCAGUUACUUAUUCUGGUACAUCUUAUUCAGGUUACGAAGCAGCCGUGUAUUCAGCUGCGUCCUCCUACUACCAACAGCAGCAGCAGCAACAGAAGCAGGCGGCGGCGGCGGCGGCGGCAGCUGCUGCAACAGCAGCUUGGACAGGGACCACCUUCACUAAAAAAGCACCAUUCCAAAAUAAACAACUGAAACCAAAACAGCCUCCCAAACCACCCCAGAUUCACUAUUGUGAUGUUUGUAAGAUCAGCUGUGCUGGACCACAGACUUACAAAGAACAUUUAGAAGGGCAGAAACAUAAAAAAAAAGAAGCCGCAUUGAAAGCCUCACAGAAUACCAGCAGCAGCAACAACUCCACUCGUGGGACUCAAAAUCAGCUACGUUGUGAGCUCUGUGAUGUGUCUUGUACAGGAGCAGAUGCGUAUGCUGCCCACAUUCGUGGUGCUAAGCAUCAGAAAGUGGUUAAAUUACACACAAAACUUGGCAAACCCAUUCCUUCAACAGAACCAAACGUUGUUAGCCAAGCUACUUCUUCAACAGCUGUGUCUGCUUCGAAACCAACUGCCUCUCCUUCAAGCAUUGCAGCAAGCAAUUGUACUGUGAAUACUUCAUCAAUUGCAACUUCUUCAGUGAAAGGUCUUACAACUACAGGAAACUCGUCUCUUAAUAGCACAGCCAACACUAAAGUAUCAGCAGUGCCUGCAAAUAUGGCUGCCAAGAAAACAUCUACACCCAAAAUAAACUUUGUUGGUGGUAAUAAGCUGCAAUCAACAGGAAAUAAAACAGAAGACUUAAAAGGAACCGAAUGUGCUAAAAGCACUCCUGUCACUGCUGUACAGAUCCCAGAAGUAAAGCCAGAUACAGUGUCAGAACCAGUCACACCUGCGUCCCUUGCUGCUUUGCAGAGUGAUGUGCAGCCGGUGGGCCAUGAUUAUGUGGAGGAGGUACGAAAUGAUGAAGGAAAAGUAAUUCGAUUCCAUUGCAAAUUGUGCGAGUGCAGCUUUAAUGAUCCCAAUGCUAAGGAGAUGCACUUAAAAGGGCGAAGACACAGACUUCAAUAUAAAAAAAAAGUAAAUCCAGAUCUGCAAGUAGAAGUAAAACCCAGUAUCCGAGCAAGAAAGAUUCAAGAAGAGAAAAUGAGGAAGCAAAUGCAGAAAGAGGAGUAUUGGCGAAGAAGAGAAGAAGAGGAACGCUGGAGAAUGGAAAUGAGACGUUAUGAAGAGGACAUGUACUGGAGAAGAAUGGAGGAAGAACAGCAUCAUUGGGAUGACCGCCGCCGAAUGCCUGACGGAGGCUAUCCUCAUGGUCCCCCAGGCCCGCUAGGCCUUCUGGGAGUCCGACCAGGCAUGCCGCCUCAGCCACAGGGGCCUGCACCCUUACGUCGUCCUGACUCAUCUGAUGAUCGUUAUGUAAUGACAAAACAUGCAACCAUUUAUCCAACUGAAGAGGAAUUACAGGCAGUUCAGAAAAUUGUUUCUAUCACUGAACGUGCUUUAAAACUUGUUUCAGACAGCUUGUCUGAACAUGAGAAGAGCAAGAGCAAAGAGGGAGAUGAUAAGAAAGAGGGAGGUAAAGACAGAGCUUUAAAAGGAGUUUUGCGAGUGGGAGUAUUGGCAAAAGGAUUACUUCUCCGAGGAGAUAGAAAUGUCAACCUUGUUUUGCUGUGCUCAGAGAAACCUUCAAAGACAUUAUUAAGUCGUAUUGCAGAAAACCUACCCAAGCAGCUUGCUGUUAUAAGUCCUGAGAAGUAUGACAUAAAAUGUGCAAUUUCUGAAGCGGCAAUAAUUUUGAACUCAUGUGUGGAACCCAAAAUGCAAGUCACUAUCACCCUGACGUCUCCAAUUAUUCGAGAAGAGAACAUGAGGGAAGGAGAUGUAACCUCGGGUAUGGUGAAAGACCCACCGGACGUCUUGGACAGGCAAAAAUGCCUUGACGCUCUGGCUGCUCUACGCCACGCUAAGUGGUUCCAGGCUAGAGCUAAUGGUCUGCAGUCCUGUGUGAUUAUCAUACGUAUUCUCCGGGACCUCUGUCAGCGAGUUCCAACUUGGUCUGAUUUUCCAAGCUGGGCUAUGGAGUUACUAGUAGAGAAAGCAAUCAGUAGUGCUUCUAGUCCUCAGAGUCCUGGAGAUGCACUGAGAAGAGUUUUUGAGUGCAUUUCUUCAGGGAUAAUUCUUAAAGGUAGUCCUGGACUUCUGGAUCCUUGUGAGAAGGAUCCCUUUGAUACCUUGGCAACAAUGACUGACCAGCAGCGUGAAGACAUCACAUCCAGUGCACAGUUUGCAUUGAGACUCCUUGCAUUCCGCCAGAUACACAAAGUUCUGGGCAUGGAUCCACUACCCCAAAUGAGCCAACGUUUUAACAUCCACAACAACAGGAAACGAAGAAGGGAUAGUGAUGGAGUUGAUGGAUUUGAAGCUGAGGGGAAAAAAGACAAAAAGGAUUAUGAUAACUUUUAAAAAGUUUCUGUAAAAUCUGCAGUGUUCAAAGACAACAGGUGCCCAUUUGUUGGCUGUUUUUCAUUCAUAAUGAUGUCUACUUUGAAAAAAUUAUCAAGAAUUUCAUGGAAGAACCAAGUUUUUCUAUGAUAUUAAAAUCUUUUAAUGUACAGUGUUAGGUAUUAUAUGAAUGGAAAGACACCCCCCCAAAAUUGUGCUCCAACUAGGGGAAAAACAAUUGUUCUGAUUUUUUUCCCCAUUAUUUUUGGUUUUAUUUACUGGUUGCCCUAGCUCCCCCUAUAUUUGUGUCUUUUAUUAACUAGUCCUAUUAAAUCUUUACUAUAUUUAAUGCAGUAUUUGUGCUCAGUUGCUAUGUGUAUUUUGAUAUUUUUAUUUAGAGGUUUUGUUUGCUGUUUGAUACUAGUUGUUACUUUGUGUUACAGAUAUCCUUUACCCCCUCUUAAUAUUUUACAGUAGUAGUUUUUUUGUAAUGUGAGACUGCAGAAUUUCUUCCUUUUGUUAUUCUUUAUGUGAUGGAUUACAACACAAAAAAGUUAUCCUGCCAUUUAAGUGCUCAGAACUGAACGUUUCUGCAGAUCUUGUGGCAUUUGUCUCUCUAGUGUGAUAUAUAAAGGUGUAAUUAAGACAGAUUUCUGUUAAUCUAAUCAAGUUUGCUGUUAGUUGUGCAUUAGCAGUAUAAAAGCUAAUAUAUACUAUAUGGUCUUGCGACAGUUUUAAAGCCUCUGCAUAAUUGAUAAUAAAAAUGCAUGACAUUUUUGUUUUUAA